GCGCGCGGGCCGCGGCGCGGGGCGGCGGCGGGGCCCGGCGCGCAGCCGAGCGGCCGCCAUGCGAUCAGGCAGUGCGCUGACCGGCCCGGCCGGCCGGCCCCUUCUGGGUCCUCCCUGUGCAGCCCGUGCGGGGCCGUCCCGGAGACCCCGCGCCGACGGCUGCUCAAACAUCAGGCUGGCCCCCGAGAGGACGCUCUUCAAGUCCCCAGCUGGGGGCCCCGCGUAGACCUGGAGCAGACACCCCCACCUUCCCUUCAUGAUUCGUUUGUAGCACAGUGGCGAUGGAUGAUGAGGAUGGGAGAUGCUUACUAGACGUGAUUUGUGACCCUCAGGCCCUCAACGACUUCUUGCAUGGGUCAGAGAAGCUGGACAGUGAUGACCUCCUGGAUGCCCCCGGGGAGGCCCAGAGUGCCUUCUAUGAAGGUCCCGGGCUCCACGUGCAAGAAGCUUCUGGCAACCACCUGAACCCAGAGCCCAGCCAGCCGGCCCCCAGCGUGGACCUGGACUUCCUGGAAGAUGACAUCCUGGGCUCACCUGCCACGGCAGGUGGUGGUGGAGGGGGUGGGGGUGCCGACCAGCCCUGCGACAUCCUUCAGCAGAGCCUGCAAGAGGCCAACAUCACGGAGCAAACACUUGAGGCUGAGGCUGAGCUGGACCUGGGCCCCUUCCAGCUGCCUACCCUGCAGGCUGCAGAUGGUGGGGCGGGCCCAACAGGCGCCUCGGGGGCAGCUGCUGUGGCCACGGGACCUCAAGCCCUCUUCCCAGGCGGUGCUGACCUGCUGGGGCUGCAGGCCCAGCCCACCGUGCUGACUCACCAGGCCCUGGUGCCACCCCAGGACAUGGUCAACAAGGCCCUGAGUGUACAGCCCUUCCUGCAGCCUGUGGGCCUGGGCAAUGUGACCCUGCAGCCCAUCCCAGGUCUCCAGGGUCUGCCCAAUGGUAGCCCUGGGGGUGCUACAGCUGCCACUCUUGGCCUGGCACCCAUUCAGGUGGUGGGCCAGCCUGUUAUGGCACUCAACCCACCCACUUCACAACUCUUGGCCAAGCAGGUGCCUGUUAGUGGCUACUUGGCCUCAGCAGCUGGCCCAUCGGAGCCAGUGACACUGGCAUCGGCCGGUGUGUCUCCCCAGGGGGCCGGCCUGGUCAUCCAGAAGAGCCUUCCGGCCGCUGUGGCCACCACACUCAACGGGAACUCAGUAUUUGCAGGAGCAGGGGCUGCCACUGUGGCAGCCAGCGGGGCACCCUCAGGACAGCCACUGGCAGUGGCCCCAGGCCUGGGCACAUCACCACUGGUGCCAGCCCCCAAUGUGAUACUGCACCGCACACCCACGCCCAUCCAGCCCAAGCCUGCCGGUGUGCUGCCCUCCAAGCUCUACCAGCUGACACCCAAGCCCUUCGCCCCUGCGGGCGCCACGCUCACCAUCCAGGGUGAGCCAGGAGCACUCCCGCAGCAACCCAAGGCCCCGCAGAACCUGACUUUCAUGGCAGCAGCAGGCAAGGCCGGCCAGAACGUGGUGCUCUCAGGCUUCCCAGCACCUGCCCUGCAGGCCAACGUGUUCAAGCAGCCCCCGGUCACCACUGCAGGCACAGUGCCACCUCAGCCCCCUGGGGCCCUGAGCAAGCCCAUGAGUGUCCACCUGUUGAACCAGGGCAGCAGCAUCGUCAUCCCAGCGCAGCAUGUGCUUCCAGGCCAGAACCAGUUCCUGCUGCCUGGUGCGCCUGCUGCCGUCCCACUGCCCCAGUCCCUCUCCGCCCUGCCAGCCAGUGUGGGCGGCCAGAUCCUCACAGCCGCGGCCCCCCACCCAGGUGGACAGCUCAUUGCCAACCCUAUCCUGACCAACCAGAACCUGGCAGGCCCGCUGAGCCUGGGCCCAGUCCUGGCCCCCCACUCCGGGGCCCACAGUGCUGCACACAUCCUCUCAGCUGCGCCCAUCCAGGUGGGCCAGCCGGCGCUCUUCCAGAUGCCUGUGUCACUGGCUGCGGGCAGCCUGCCCACACAGAGCCAGCCAGCCCCUACUGGCCCUGCUGCCACCACCACCGUCCUCCAGGGGGUCACCCUGCCUCCCAGUGCUGUGGCCAUGCUCAAUACCCCUGAUGGGUUGGUGCAGCCAGCCACCCCCGCUGCAGCCACCGGGGAGGCCACGCCUGUCCUCGCAGUGCAGCCCGCUCCUUCCGUCCCCCCUGCGGUCAGCACGCCACUGCCUCUGGGCCUCCAGCAGCCACCACCACAGGCCCCGCAGGCCCCCACCCCACAGGCUGCUGCCCCGCCUCAGGCCACAACCCCCCAGCCCAGCCCGGUCCUGGCGUCCAGCCCAGAGAAGAUCAUCUUGGGGCAGCCGCCCUCUGCUUCGACCACGACCAUCCUCACUCAGGACUCCUUGCAGAUGUUCCUGCCCCAGGAGAGGAGCCAGCCACCCCUCUCCACAGAAGGCCCCCACCUGUCUGUGCCAGCCUCGGUCAUAGUCAGCGCCCCGCCUCCCGCCCAAGACCCAGCCCUGGUCACCCCCAUCGCCAAAGGAGCUGGCCCCAGCCCUCCAGCCCCCGACAGCCAGGCUUCCCCGGCUCCAGCCCCCCAGAUCCCAGCAGCGGCUCCACUGAAGGGCCCCGGCCCCUCCUCAUCCCCAUCACUACCUCACCAGGCCCCACUGGGAGACAGCCCCCACCUGCCCUCCCCGCACCCCACCAGGCCCCCUUCCCGUCCACCUUCCCGCCCCCACUCCCGACCUCCGUCCCAGCCCCAGAGCCUGUCCCGCCCACCCUCGGAGCCGGCCUUGCACCCCUGCCCUCCACCCCAGCCACCCCCCACUCUGCCUAGUAUCUUUGUCAUCCAGAACCAGCUAGGCGUCCCCCCUCCCCCCAGCGCCCCUGCUCCCUCAGCCCCAGGCCCACCCCAGCCUCCAUUGCGCCCCUCAUCCCAGCCUCCUGAAGGCCCACUGCCCCCGGCCUCCCACCUCCCUCCGGCCUCCACCUCCUCUGUAGUGGCCUCCUCCUCCGACACACCCACCAGGUUGCCAGCCCCUGCGUCUUCCGACUUCCAACUCCAGUAUCCGCCGGGCCAGGGGCCCCACAAGUCCCCUACCCCCCCGCCGACCCUCCAUAUGGUCCCUGAGCCCGCGGCUCCCCCCCCACCGCCUCCUCGGACCUUCCAGAUGGUGACCACCCCAUUCCCAGCGCUGCCCCAGCCGAAGGCUCUGCUGGAGAGAUUUCACCAGGUGCAGUCCGGAAUCAUCCUCCAGAACAAGACCUCGGGAGCCCCACAGACCUCCACCAGCCUGGUGCCCCUAGCCAACCCCACUGCCUCAGUGCUGGUCAGUGGGCCAGCCCCAUCUGGAACCCCUGCCAGUUCCAGCCAUCCCCCAGCCCCGGCAGCCAUGGCCACUGCAGGCCUCCCUGCUCUGCUUCCCGCCGAGGGCAAAGCUUUUCCCAGCAACCUCCCAACCUUGAGUGUGGCCAAGGCCUCAGCGCCCGGGCCAGUGAAGUCCUCAGGGUUGCAGUACGAGGGCAAGCUGAGUGGCCUGAAGAAACCCCCUGCACUGCAGCCCAGCAAGGAGGCCUGCUUCCUGGAGCAUUUGCACAAACAUCAGGGCUCUGUCCUCCACCCCGACUACAAGACAGCCUUCCCCUCCUUCGAGGACGCCGUGCACCGCCUCCUGCCCUACCACGUCUACCAGGGCACCCUUCCCUCCCCCAGCGACUACCACAAAGUGGAUGAAGAAUUUGAGACGGUCUCCACGCAGCUGCUGAAACGCACCCAUGCCAUGCUCAAUAAGUACCGCUUGUUGCUCCUGGAGGAGUCCCGGAGGGUGAGCCCCUCAGCGGAGAUGGUGAUGAUAGACCGAAUGUUCAUUCAGGAGGAGAAGACCACCCUUGCCUUGGAUAAACAGCUGGCCAAGGAGAAGCCCGACGAGUACGUGUCUUCCUCACGCUCCCUCGGCCUGCCUGCGACAGUGGCCUCUUCCGAGGGCCCCCGGCCACCUGGCCACGGCCAUGGCCACGGCCCCGCGCCACCCCCAGCCCCCGGUGUCCCAGCACCUGCGCAUCCGCCCACCAAGCUCGUGAUCCGGCACGGCGGGGCUGGUGGCUCCCCGUCGGUGACCUGGGCGCGUGCCUCGUCCGCGACGCUGUCAUCCCCAUCAUUGUCGUCAUCGUCCGCUGCCUCCUCCCUGGACGCUGACGAGGACGGCCCAAUGCCCUCGCGCAACCGGCCGCCCAUCAAGACGUAUGAGGCGCGCAGCCGCAUUGGGCUGAAGCUGAAGAUCAAGCAGGAGGCCGGGUUCAGCAAGGUGGUGCACAACACUGCGCUGGAUCCCGUGCAUCAGCCCCCGCCUGCGGCGGGCCAGGUCAACGGCACGACUGAGCGCGCACCCCCUGCCGCCGAGCGCAAAGCGCCAGGACCGGGCUCAGGCUCGGGACCCGGACCUGGACCUGGGCCGGGGCCAGGCUCGGGACCUGGGCCAGGGCCAGGGCCAGGUGCGCACUGCCCACGUCUGCCUCUGCGCAAGACCUAUCGUGAGAACGUGGGCGUGCGCGCGGACGAGGCCACCAGCGGGCUCAUCCGGGAGCUGGCGGCCGUGGAGGACGAGCUGUACCAGCGCCUGCGGAAGGCGGCGCCCACCGAGCCCACGGCCCCCGGUGCCCCUGCUGCUGACCCUGGCUGGGACGCAGUGACCGCACCCCCCACCAAGCGGCGCAAGUCCGAGUCUCCAGACAUGGACCAGGCCAGUUUCUCCAGCGACAGCCCGCAGGACGACGCACUUACGGAGCACCUGCAGAGCGCCAUUGACAGCAUUUUGAAUUUGCAGCAGCCACCAGGCCGGCCGGGCCCGCACCCCGCGCCGCCCGCACCCACGUCCCCGCAGCCCCGGCACAGGCCUGAGGCCUUCCCGCCCUCCAGCCACAACGGAGGCCUGGGCCCCGGCAGGACGUUGAACAGAUAACACUUGGCCUGCCAUCCGCUCUGCCCUGGGGACAGCUGGGGCCACCUUCCCCAGGAUACCACUCCGGGGACCCCACAGUCCUUCUUGCCUAAAUUAUUUGAGUCACAAAGGCCUCCUCCCCUACCUCCACUCCCUCCAGGAGGGUUUUUGAGGGGUCCAAUGGGGCACGUGGGUUAGGAGAGGGGCUGUCACAAGCAAGUGUCCCCUCACCACUGAAGGAGGGCCUUUCUGGUGUGUCGCUCUUCCCAUUUCCGGCUGCAGCCUGCCUUCUGCCGGGGGUGGGGCACCAGGUGUUCCCACUGCCCGGGCCCAGGCACCGGCCUUGUUUGUGUGGCAUCAGGAUCAUGGUCAGGGGUGCUGGGGGGAGGGUCCCGUUAGACCCCCCAGCCUCCUGGCCGGGGCUGUAAACCAAACCCAUGGCAGGGUGGGAGCCAAGUCCCAGACCACCUACGUCACAUCGGCGCAGGCGCUGCCCAGCUGUGCCCGUGUGUCUCCAUGUGCGUAUGAGUGUGUGAGUGUGUGCGUGCGUGUGUGUUGCAAGCAAGAGAGAUCCGGGACGCUCAGUCCUUCCUUCCACUUGGAAACCCCAGCCACAGGCCCGGGUCUUCCUCCGCCCCGUCCAGCCGUCUUCCCUCUCCUUCCAGCCUCCCGCGCCACGUUUUGAAAUCUCGGAGACAAAACUAGUACUGUAAGAUAAAUUUUUUUGUACUGUAUUUAUUGUGUAUAAUGAUUUUUUAAAAGGAGAAUUCUGUACAUUUAGAACUCUUGUAAAUUAAAAAACCAAUCCUUUUUUUAAAACUGUA